AUGCCUUCAAUUUCUACUCAUACCACGAGCAAUAGCUGUGACAGUGCAAGAAACCCCACCUUGGCCACUCACAAGGGCGACUGCCAACGCUCCCGUCUCUGCGACAAUGACGGCAUCCGCCGUUUCCUCGCUGAUCAGCACCAUACUCCUCCAGUUGGCCUCGGCCCUCUGCAGACAGAAGAUGAGGCUAAGGCUGCGGGUAAAGCUCGCGCGUCCGCAAGCAUUCGUGCUUUUAAAGCGCAGUUUGGCUGUGGCAAUACAUCGCCGGAGACUCAGUCUGAAUGGAGCGAAGGGACAGUUAUUACCAUUGCGCGCCAGGGAGUUUCUGGUAGCAGCUUCUACAAGGAAGUGUCUCUGGGUGAAUCCUCUGAUGAGCCUUUUCAUGCCUCUAAGAGGCUUACGGAGACAGAAGGAAAAUUCCAACACCGUCUUACGAGGGAAAAAAGACGUCACUAG